AUGUUUUGUGAGCAUCGGUGCCAGAGCAGUUGCCAUGGUCAGACGCCAUGCAACGAAACGGCAGCAUGCUCUGGCAGGACCGAAAUCGCAUGUCCUUGUGGUCUCCGCAAGCAGGAAGUUCGAUGCCUUGCCAGCAACACCAAUAGCGAGCCUGCGCGACCCGAGAUCAAAUGCGACGAUGAAUGCUUGCGACAAGAGCGCAACAGACGCCUGGCUGCCGCGCUCAACAUUGAUCCAGCUACGCAUACUAACGACCAUGUACCGUACUCUGAUGACACACUCGCCCUGUUUAAGGCGACACCGUCAUGGUGCGAGACGCAGGAGCGCGAAUUCCGCGUCUUUUCGCAAAGCCCGACGGAAAUCAGAAUACGUUACAAGCCCAUGCCCAAUAACCAGCGUCGAUUCCUGCAUGUUCUGGCCGAAGAUUACGGCUUGGAAAGUCGCAGCGAGGACAAUGAACCAUUCCGUUAUGUGUUGGUGUACAAGGGUCCUCGCUUCGUCUCGGCGCCCAGCAAGACGAUUGCGCAGUGUGUCAAAAUUCGCGCCACACAGGAAGCCGCAGCUGCUGCCAAUGCCGUGAAGCCGCCGGUGCUUCAGGAGACGGAGCCCCUCAAUGCCUUCCUCCUCACGUCGCCUCGCUUUGGACUGACGACAGAUGAAGUGGCUGUCGCGUUGGCGGCCGAUCUCGCCGAACAACCGUCCCUUCACUUCAAGAUUGAGUACCUGCCGUCCGAUGAGGUGCUCAUGCGCGCCACGGUGCAGUACUCGUCAUUCAUGUCGGCCGCUGGCAUCGAAACGGCCCUGCGCGCGCUCAAGAAGAGCGUCGCGGAGCGUGUCCGCAACCAAGACGUUGCGGGCAACGUCUUCUUGUGCCACGUCGACGCGAGCGACGCCAUCACCCGCCGCGAGGACUCCUCGGUCAGACACGACGGCGCCGGCGGCUGGAGUGCCGUAGCCAGCCGCGCAGCGGCCAAGAAAGAGUCGACGGACGCGGCAGACAUGGCGCCGGCCAAAGGGACAGGGCGUCGCCUUCUGGGCCUGCGCAAGAAGAGGGUAGACCAGGCAUCGGAGCGGCCGUGGGCCUCGCAGCUCGAUGGCGACGUUGAAUGCUAG